UCAUUCAUGAAAUAUUUUUCCUUUCUAGGAAUGGUGUAGCCAGUCUUUUUCUCUGAGGGCUGAUCUGGCAUUUUAGAAGCUGCCUAGGAGCAUCAGUAAAAGAUGGAAAAGCAAGACUCAGCUGGUUCUCAGUUAGGAAAAGGCCUUCCAUGUCUUCCAGCUGGGAGCAGUGGGGAAUUCUGCAGAGUAACUACGCAGAAGAGCCUGACAGAAGAUACAUUCAAUUCAGAGGUACAGCGGGAGCACUUCAGACAGUUCAGCUACAAGGAGAAUGAGGGACCCCGAGAGGUUUGCAGCCAACUCCAUGCUCUUUGCCAUCAGUGGCUGAAGCCAGAGAGACACACCAAGGCUCAGAUCCUGGACCUGGUGAUCCUGGAGCAAUUCCUUACUGUCCUUCCGCCAGACAUGGCCAGCUGGGUCAGGGAAUGUGGGGCAGAAACCAGUUCCCAAGCGGUUGCCCUUGCCGAAGGUUUCCUCCUAAGCCAGGCAGAGGAGAAGAAGCAGGAAAAGCAGCAGGAGCACAUUAUAGAAGAGGCUGGUAAUUUUCCUGUGACAGAGAAAGUUCUCUCAGACUCUGGAAACACAGUUCAGUCCAAGUGGAUGGUACAGCGAGAUGAGAAAAGCACCAUUACAAUGGGCAACGAAACACAGACAUGGCCAAUAGAUCCCAGCUCCUCUCUUUCUUUUCAGAGUCUAAGACCAGCUUCAAUGCACCUGGAUCAGGUGACCUUUGAAGAGGUGGCCGUGUAUUUUAGCGAUGAGGAGUGGUGCUUUCUGGAUCCAGACCAAAGGGCCCUGCUUUGUGAAGUCAUGGAGAAGAAUUUAGAGAUGGUGGCCUCCCUGGGUGGUGAUAUAAUUGGAAAUGAAGACAGAAGUGAAUGUCUUUGUCCUGUUUGUGGGAGAAGCUUCAAUUGUAGAUCAAAGCUUAAUCUUCACAGGAGAACGCACAUAGGAGAACAAUCUUUUAAAGAUGGUGAGAGUAGUUGUAGGAAAAAACUGGUUUCCCAUGAAACCGAUCAAAUAACAGAGAAGCCAUUUAAAUGUUGGAAAUAUGGCAAAAGUUUCAGGUGUAGGUCACACUUUAUGUCACACCAAAAACUGCACUCAGGGGAGAAAUCAUUAAUAGAUUUGGAGUGUAGCAAGAACCCAAGGCAGAAGAUACACCAGAUUAACUAUGAAGCAGAACAUGCAGGGAAGAAACUUUUGAAAUGCUUGGAAUAUGGAGAGAUAAGCUUUAUUCAUUAUCAAACAACUCAUGAAGUAGAGAAGCCAUUUAAAUGCUUGGAGUGUGGAAAGAGCUUCAGUUCAAGGACAAGUCUUCUAUAUCACACAGGAGACAAGCCAUUUCCGUGUUUGCAAUGUGGAAAGCGGUUCAGUCAGAAAUCAUACUUAACUCGUCAUCAAUUAAGUCAUACAGGGGAGAAACCAUUUCAGUGCUUCCAAUGUGGAAAGCGGUUCAGUCAGAAAGCAAACCUCUCUCGUCAUGAGACAAUGCAUACAGGUGAGAAAUGUGGGGAGAGCCUCAGUCAGGAAACAAGCUUCAUUCAUUCAUCAACUCACACAGGGGAGAAGCGAUUGAAAUGCCUGGAGUGUGGAAAGAAAUUCAGUCAGAUGUCAUACUUAACUCAUCAUCAAUUAACUCACACAGAGGAGAAACCAUUUCAGUGCUUGGAAAGUGGAAUGAGGUUCAUUUGGAAGUCAGAUUUCACAGGUCAUGAAUUAACUCACACAUGGGAGAAACCAUUUCAGUGCCUGGAAUGUGGAAAGUGCUUCGGCUGGAAGAAAGGCCUCAUUCGUCAUCAAGUAACCCACACAGGGGAGAAACUAUUUCAGUGCUUGGAGUGUGGAAAGAUGUUCACUCGGAAGGAAAACCUCUCCCGUCAUGAGACAAUUCAUACAGGGGAGAGACCCUUUAAAUGCUCGGAAUGCGGAAAAAGUUUCAGUCGGAAGGCCCACUUUACCUCUCAUCAAUUAACUCACACAGGAGAGAAACCAUUUCAAUGCCAGGAAUGUGGAAAGAGUUUCAGUCGGAAAGCCCACUUUACUUCUCAUCAAUUAACUCACACGGGGGAGAAACCAUUUCAAUGCCAGGAAUGUGGAAAGAGCUUCACUCAGAAGAAUAGCCUUGCUCGACAUCAAUUAGAUCACACAUUGGUAGGAGUGCAGAAAGAGUUUGAUUCAGAAGGGACAAAUUGCUAUUUAUCAUUUAACUCAUAAAGGGGAGACACCAUUUAAAUAUUAAGAGUGUGAAAAGAGUUUCUAUACUUUGCUGUUGGAAAUUUCAGCCAAAAGACAAAGUUCACUUUUCAUCAAUGAAAAAGAGGCUGGCAGGAACCCUGAACUCAUUAGGACAAUAUCUGAGACAAACGUUGUAGGUAAAGUAAGAGACCACUGCAGUACCUAGAAAAGAAGCAAAAAUAAAGUACAAAAGCAGUGGCUGGGAACAAACCUCAAGUAUUUUCUGGGGUAAAACUUGCAAGUUAAAAUACAAGUUAAAUCUAAGGAAAUACUGAUAUGAGAGAAGAUGCAGUGGCCCCCAAACUGUGCUCUUUAAGGAAUUUUGGAGUUCUGCUCCCAGAAUCCCAGACUAUUGGCCAACGUGGUUGAGGCUUCUGGGAGCUGAAGUCCAAAAUCUCUUAAAGGGCACAGUUUGGGGCCUACUGAAUUAGAGGAACAGUUGACACUUUAACCUUAAGACCUUUACAACAUGAUGUGGUAUUUACUUCCUCAGAAACAUUUUUUGUUCUUAACUGUCCUUGAGUCAAUCUCGACUCAUGGUGACCCUAUGGAUGAGACAUCUCCAAGACCCACUGUCCUCCACUGCUCUGCUCAAUUCCUGCAACCCCAUAAAAUCUGUGACCUCCUUUAAAAAGUCCAUCCAUCUGGCCUGUGGCCUUCCUCUCUUGCAUGCAAGCCACUCACUCACAAACCAUAAGGUUGCAGGUAAGGGGGCUCAAACUCAACUCAAGCUUGUAUCCUUCCAAAGUUGCUAAAAUGAGUACACAGCUUGUUGGGGGCAAUUAGCUUACAGUUGUAAACUGCUUAAGACACUUAGUUCAGUAUGAAGCGGUAUAUAAAUGAAGCUGUUUGUUUUUGUUUUCUUU